GGACAGCAUUCCCAAAGAAUUUCAAGAUAGACAACGUGAGGCAGCGAGGGACAGGGACAAGCUCGUGGAUGUUCCCUGAGCAAACAACUGGAAGCACAGGUGGAGCACGACCCACUCAGAGUUUGGCCGGACUGGCAGUGGACGUGUGUGCGAGUGUGUGUCAAGGACAGCAGACAAGAACCGUGUGUAUGACAGAUGGACAUGUUGACAACCUGAGGAGCCUCAGAAGACCAACAAUGUGAUGUUUCAUCUCCACCACUCGUAUCUGUCAGCAGCUGCUUUACAUUUAUCAUUGUCUUCUUAUGCCAUCCACAAUGUUUAUCAACUGGAAACUAUUGUUGGAAUAUCACUCUGGUUUCAGACACGGUUUUCUUUGCAAGUCCAGUUGUUCUACAAAUUCCCAGGAAAGUGUUUUGCUGCAUUCCCUGCACUGGGAUACUGAAAGGGAUGGACAGCAGUGACCCGCAUGAGGUUGAAAGAGAAGGCACGUGGAAAGAGAGUGAUGGAGAGAAGGAUAAACGGCUGAAGAACCGGCUCAACAGAGAGGAGAAAGGGGUGAAGGAGAUCAAAGGAAAUCAGAAAGAUAAGAGGAAAGAGAACCGAACCGGGUCUCUGUGGAGGAGUGGAUGGGCGUUGAGUGAAAGACUCGCCAUCAACGUAUCAGGGAUGCGUUAUGAAACCCAAGUUCGCACAUUGGCCCAGUUCCCUGACUCCCUGCUCGGUGACCCCGGGAGGAGGUCUCGGUACUUUGACCCUCUUCGAAAUGAGCUCUUCCUGGAUCGGAACCGAGCCUGCUUCGAUGCCAUACUGUAUUUUUACCAGUCAGGCGGGAGACUCCGCAGGCCAGCAAACAUACCGCUGGACAUCUUCAUGGAUGAGCUGAUGUUCUACGAGCUAGGGGAGGACAUCAUAAACCGCUUCAAGGAGGACGAAGGUUUUCCGAAAGAGGAGGAGAGGCCACUGCCGUCCAAUGAAGUCCAGAAAAGACUGUGGAUGCUCUUUGAGCACCCAGAGUCCUCAUCGGGCGCUCGCAUCAUAGCCAUCAUCAGUGUUAUGGUCGUGGUGGUGUCCAUCCUCAUCUUCUGCCUGGAGACGCUGCCUGACUUCAGGAAUGACAAGGAGAUGCGGGAGGAAUACUUUUACAGGUAUCACUCCCAGCCAAAGAACGUAUCUGAGACCAUGCCUCCUCCACAAGAUGUUUUCCAUGACCCCUUCUUCAUAGUGGAGACCAUGUGCAUAUGCUGGUUCUCCUUCGAGCUUCUCAUGCGCUUCGCCUGCUGUCCCAGUAAGAUUCACUUCUUCAAGGACGUCAUGAACAUCAUCGAUUUCAGCGCCAUCCUACCGUAUUUUGUCACUCUGGGAACAGAGCUGGCAAAGGACCAUGAUGACAGUCCGACAACAUCACUGGCCAUUAUCAGAGUCAUUAGGUUAGUGAGAGUGUUCAGGAUCUUCAAGUUGUCUCGUCACUCUAAGGGCCUGCAGAUCCUCGGUCAGACUCUGAGGGCCAGCAUGCGGGAGCUGGGCCUGCUUAUUUUCUUCCUCUUCAUCGGUGUCAUCAUCUUCUCCAGUGCCAUUUACUUUGCUGAGGCUGACCACGCUAACACGGCCUUUAUCAGUAUACCACACGCCUUCUGGUGGGCAGUUGUCACCAUGACCACGGUGGGUUAUGGUGACAUGUUCCCAGAAACAGUGUGGGGUAAGCUAGUGGGCUCAAUGUGCGCCAUCGCUGGCGUGCUCACCAUAUCACUGCCAGUGCCUGUCAUUGUAUCCAAUUUUAGCUACUUCUACCAUCGGGAGACGGAGUGUGGGGAUCAAAAUGACUACACCCAUGUCAAGACGGCACUGUGGGAGGACGAAGAGCCUGACGGAGAGGACACAGAUGAAGGAGAGGGGGAUCAAGAUGGUGAUUAUUAUGCCAUUGAGGACAACUGUAACCCUCUCAGUGGGACUCUGCUGGGUGCGCUGUGUACAGGUCAGAAUUCAGAGCUCAGCGGAGGAAACAUGUAUCUGAGGGAGGCACUGGUCACUCAGUGGAACCAGGUGGACAACUGGACAUCAAAACUCAGGCCAACAGCAGAGGAGACGUCCGUCACCGCGCGCUGACAGACGGACACUCACACAUCUGUAGUGUUGGCUUCUGUGACCUCAAGUGCCUGACGUGACCUUUAUCGUGCCGUAAUAUGACACUGGCAUCACUUCAUGACACAUGCAGUGUUUGUGCCAGACAGGAAAGGUGAAACAGGUCUCUAUUUGACUCUGCCUAAUCAUGUACAGUGUUCUUAAUAAAGACUGUAUUUUA